GGCGGACCGAGUGCGGACCUGGACGCACACCCGCGGCGCACCUCCGCUCCUCCAACCUCCUGGUGCCCGCCGAGCUAGGAGCGUCCGUCUGAAGAAGAAGUGCUGGAGAAGAGAUUUUUGUCGCGUGACUUCACAAAAAAUAGCGAGAUGUCAGGUUCCUCACCGUUUGAGAUGCGCCUUGUUCAUUUGGACCUUAAAGGAGCCCCGCCAAAGGUCUCAUACCUCGCGGAGAUAUUUCCUCUGUUUCGUGCCCUGGGUGCAAACGGCCUCCUCAUUGAGUAUGAAGACAUGUUCCCCUAUGAGGGCCACCUGAAGCUGCUGAGGGCCCAGCAUGCAUACAGCCCCUCUGAAAUCAAAGAGAUCUUGCAUCUGGCCACACUGAACGAGCUCGCGGUUGUUCCCUUGGUGCAGACAUUCGGACACAUGGAGUUUGUGCUGAAGCACGAGUCUCUCGCUCACCUCCGAGAAGUGGCGUUUUUCCCCAACACCCUGAACCCCCACGAGGCGGAGUCCCUGGCACUGGUCAGAGCCAUGGUAGACCAGGUCAUGGAGCUGCACCCGGGCUCCCGGUGGCUCCAUGUUGGCUGUGACGAGGUCUAUUACCUUGGAGAGGGCGAGGCCUCGCGACAGUGGCUGCAGGAGGAGCAGAACACCAAAGCCAAGCUGUGUCUGUCCCACGUGAAGGCGGUGGCCAGCCACGUGCUGGCCCGGCACCCCGCCACGACGCCCCUGGUGUGGGAUGACAUGCUGCGGGACAUCCCCGAGGACCAGCUCUCAGCAUCGGGGGUGCCGCAGCUGGUGGAGCCCAUGCUCUGGGACUACACGGCCAACCUGGACGUCCAAGGCAAGGCCCUCCUCAUGGAAAAGUAUCGGAAGUGUGGUUUUCGGCGGCUCUGGGCUGCCAGUGCCUUCAAGGGGGCCACGGGGGCGAGCCAGGCACUGACGCCUAUCGAGCACCAUCUCAGAAACCACAUGCAGUGGCUGCAAGUGGCGGCCUGCGGGCCCGCAGACGUGCUGCAGGGCAUUGUCCUGACUGGCUGGCAGAGGUACGACCACUUCUCCGUGCUGUGCGAGCUGCUGCCCGUGGGGAUCCCAUCCCUGGCCGUCUGUCUGCAGUCACUGCUACAGGGAGGCUUUGCUGAAGACGUUAAAACAAGAGUGGAGAACUUCCUCGGAAUUCCGAGCCUGGAAAUCACCAGUUUCAGCAGCGACGGGGCUGCCUCCUUCCCUGGCAGCGACAUCCUGGCCCUCGUCACACAAGUCGGCCUUCACCUACGUGGCUCCGUGGAUGAGAUGCUGCACACGGACAGGUACGUGACUGGCUGGUUCAGCCCCUACCAUCGCAGGCGGAAGUUCAUCCACCCGGUCAUGAUCCAGCACAUCCAGCCCCAGGCGCUCAGUCUCCUGGCCAGGUGGAGCGCCCUCGCUGGGGAGCUGGAAGCCGCCCUGUGUCGCAUCUUCUACCCGGACGCUGUGGAAGAGUGGCUGGAGGAGAACGUGCAGCCCAGUCUGCGGCAGCUGCAGCAGCUGCUGCAGGACCUCAGCGAGGCGGCCAGGCCCUGGUCCCUACUGGCCAGCCCGGGCCCGGACACAGGUCAGGACCCCUGAGCGGAGGGGGCCUGCCACACCCUCGUCCAGCCCUGUCGGGCCUGAUUCCAGGAUGGCCAUGCAGGAGACAGCGCCCACAGGGCACGCGGUUAUCAUGG